UCGGCCACCCAGUAAUCGCAUCUUUUCCCGGCGUCUGGUCUGCAGAGGGAGCGCUAUGUCCGCGGAAGUCCCCGAGGCGGCCUCGGCGGAGGAGCAGAAGGAAAUGGAAGAUAAAGUGACCAGUCCGGAGAAAGCUGAAGAAGCAAAAUUAAAAGCAAGAUAUCCUCAUCUGGGACAAAAGCCUGGAGGUUCAGAUUUCUUAAGGAAACGAUUGCAAAAAGGGCAAAAAUAUUUUGAUUCUGGAGAUUACAACAUGGCAAAAGCAAAAAUGAAGAACAAGCAACUUCCUGCUGCAGCCCCAGAUAAGACGGAGGUCACUGGUGACCACAUUCCCACUCCACAGGACCUUCCUCAACGGAAACCAUCCCUUGUUGCUAGCAAACUGGCUGGCUGAUUAAAAGAGCUGAACUGCAUGAA